AUGCUCCUAGCCAUAACUCUUUCUUGUAUCGACGUGUUCUAUGGAAUGGGGUUCCGUGCGGACUACACCAUGAACUUCAACAGCUACCGCCACAACAUCUUGGCCCGUGUGGACUGCUGCGUUGGAGUUUAUACCUGGCAGGUAUACUUCAUAUGCUUCGUUAUCGACCUGAUCGGCGCGACCAUUCUUUUGGUUGGGAAAGAGAAUCCCGUCGGCUACGCUGUCGCCGCCUCCUUCACUGUGGGGUUGGUCUUGAAGUGGUACCUUGCUUCCGACCAACUUCGCACUCCUGCAGUCGAGGAUGACAUUGAGAUGCGAACAAACGUUGUCCGUCAAGCCGGAUUCGUUCAUCCAGUGUGA